AAUUAGUCUGAAAAGAGGAUAUAUAGAAUUUAGUUAUGAGAUGGGCAGUGGUCCAGCAAUGAUUAUGUCAAGGACAAGGGUAAAUGAUGGGAAGAGUCAUACAAUCUCUGUAGAACGACUUGGUCGCUCUGGUAAUCUCAAAGUCGACAAUGAGGACACUGUGUAUGGGGAUACGGAAGGUUACCUUCAGAUGUUGAACGCUGCCGGGAAUAUUUAUAUAGGUGGUGAUUCCCUACCAGACAAAAUGACAGACAGCAAAUAUGAAGACAAUUUCAUAGGAUGUAUAGACACUGUUACAAUUAAUGGCAAAGAACUUGAGUCAAGAGAUGCUUUAAGUGGAUAUAAUGUGCAAGCAUGCUCGACACAAAACUAGAAAUAAUUUGUUAAGAACAUUUAGACAUUUUUUUAAUUUGUUAUAUGCUGAGAUUUUGUUGUUGUUUAAUGGAUGAUGAUCUAGAGACUUGUUUGAGUUUUAAGUGACAGAUACAAACAACGGUUGCACAAAGAAACUUGACAGCAGUUUACUUGGUAAGCUGUCCAGAGAUUAGGAAUCUACAGUGCAGUUCAUUGUAAAAUUAGUUUCAGUAAAUCUGAUGUACUUUAAGAAUUUGUUUGUUGAUUAUUGUUUGAAUUUUUCUAAAAAAAACAGCAUGAUGUGGUUUUUUUGUUGGCAACUUCAUUGCUAUAUUAGGGUAAACAGUUUGAUUUUGAUUUUCUAAGAUAAAAAUCUCUGUUAGUCUAAGCACGUUGAUAAAGGUACGCAGACAAGCUGUGGUGUCUGGGUAGUAACGUGUGUUAUCAUUGUAACGAAAUUAUUCAUUAAACUCUUUAUAUCUAACAUUUAUAAAAUACAUACAAUUUCAGGGGAUGUUUUCAUCUUUAAGUAAGGGUAGAAUAAUGUUUACUUUGGCAUAAAGUGGUCUUUACUGCGAAAUAUCCAUGCAAUGUACUUUAAUUCACUUGUUUUUGUAUUUAUAUGUGUAUUUAAGGGUGUUAAGUAUUUUUUUUCAAUAUCGGAAAUAAAUUAAAUCUAUACUAUUUUGGAAAAGAUGAUUUAUAAACCUGCUCUUUGUUUUCUUUACAACAAGAAUUAAACAUUGCAAAAAAUUAGUUGGUUGAUCUUUACUUUUUUGCAGUGCGCUGGGAUAUUUCAUAUUUCAUAUAUUUUUGAUUUGUGACCUUAUAGGAAAAUGUAUUGAUGUAUGUAAAUACAGCAUGAUUUCGAAAUCCAUGUUUUCCUCUUUUUUAUCGACGAAAUGCAUAAAUUCUGCCAGCUGAGAUCAAAGCAUAUAUGAAAUCCAUGUUGAUCCUUUUCGAUUAACAUUUGUCCUACAAUUUGUAACUUUGAAUUGAAUUAUAUCUUUUAUAAAGGAAAAAAGUAUAAAAUAGUUUUAAAUGAGUUUAUUUAAAUUCUUAUACUAUAUACAUUUUUAUAGUUUUUUUCUUUGUGUUAUUUUAAGUGUGCAAAAUAUAAUGGAAGCUUUUUUUAUACCUUUAUAUUUUUUUAUUUAGUCUUUUUUCAUUCCAUUCUUUUGCAUACUUGUAGACCAAAACAAAACAAUCUAGUGCUUACUGCAUAUAAUGUUUAUUAUAAAUGUUCAUGUAUGUUACAUCCUGGUAAAUGAUUUAAAGUAACAUGAUGCAUUGCGUACUCUUAAAUAGAAAUCUAUAAAACAUUUUUUUUAAGAUUUCUAAACCAAUGAAAAAACAAAACAAAGUUAUUGUACAAUGUAAUGUAAAUAAAUUUUAAUAUCUAAAACCUUGUUAAUGAUAUACAAAUAGGUAACGUAAGGUUUUUCAAAA